AGGGGUUAAAGUGAACUAAGUACAAAAGUGGACUACACGCCAAGCGGUGGCACUAGUGACGACCUUACGCACACAUAAACACGCUCACUCAACGUAGAAGAAGAAAGGCGACAUCGGAGUGACCGGACGUGUCGUCACAGUCGUGUGUUUGCAAACCGCGCGAAAGAACUCCUUGAAAGUUUGUUAAAGUCGCCAUGGAGAGUGGAUAUAUUAUCAUCAUAAGCGAUGAUGAAGACGAGGACUGCAUCUACGAUGUAUCCAGCAAUGAACCGCCACUCAUAAUGGAGACAGCGAUUGUGGCCCAGAAGGACUCCACAGUGUCUUCUAGUAAGAGGGACGAAGAACUUUUUGUGACCUCCUUCCGUCCGGCUCAGGUGUUGCCCCAUGCCCGCUUUGAUUGCCCCCAACAUCCUUUCACAGCUACAGACGACUGUGAACAUCCCGUGCCUGGGAAUGAGCUCCUAUGUGAGCAGUGCUUCUGUUACAUCUGCGACAAACUGGCAGCCAGGUGUCAAAAGUGGCAGGUGAGUGGCCUGUGCCAUUGCAACAGCCACAAGAAGAGCGACUUCUGGAACACGCAGAGAGACGUUUCGCUGUUGGGCCACCUGGCCGCCUUCAAGUUUUCGCUGUCUGAGGUUGAUGGCCACCUCCGGCAAGCGGAGUCCAUGUUGCAAACCUUCAAAAUGGAGCUCAGCGCUCAGAUAGCAUCUGCAGUGUCCAGUUCGCGUGACGGCGUUUCUCACGACUACAAAUCCAUUCAUAAGUGCAUUUUGGACUUUAUUAACAAAGCGGAUCAACAAGAUGGCCGGGCAGCAGCUAUACUGAGGCUAAUAGCUGUCCAGGAGUUGCUUCAACUUGUGCAAGUCGGAGGGAUUUGUGCCCAAAUGUGGGCUGACUCGAAUUCUCCAGCAGCGAAUCUUAUGCAGAGGUUGGUGUCAUCACUGCAGAAGCAAAUGGUCUUGGACGUGUUCACGUCAGAUUUCAGAAGAAAGCUACAGGCCUUCUAUAGAACUUUAAGUUUCCCUCCCCAGCUCAAAAGUAUAAGUGCCAGUAUGGACGUGCGACCUUGGGACGACAUCCUGCUGGCGUCUGUGUUGAAAGGGCAGAAUGUGGACGGUGUGCGCAACAACAGAGGCAAAAAGGACUCUCUACUUGAGGAAUUUAAUAUUGUUUUACUCAGAGCAGAGCGACUGCUGGACCAGAAUAGGUUCCGAGAGUUGAAUCGCUACCUACGUGUCGUGCGGACAAAUCAGCCUGGUCGCUUAUUGGUGUUGAAGGACUACAUCCCCCUCUUCUUAUGCAUGGAAGGCGAUUUUGACUCUGCCCUUACCAGCUUCUUCCAGACAUGCAGGGGACCUGCCUUGCGCAUCUCAGCUCAACAGUUCUAUUUCUACUUGCGUGUGCUUGACACUGCGACGGUGCCUAAGCUGUCCUUCGGUCCUGAGUGUAAGCUCCGCAUCACUGUGGAUAAGUGGUGUCCGAUCGAAGGUGCAAUGCCGCUGCCGCGUAUAAGGCUUGUACGCUUUGCCCUCAAGGUCCUCAAGCGCUGUCCGGCCAGCCAGAUAAACUCCAACUUUUGGACCCAUUUGCUCAAAUUUGUCCUCGUGACUCACCAGGCACCGAACGGUGUCCCUGAACCCAGCCAGACUUUCCUACAGGAAGCUAAAAAUGCCGUUCAUUCCAUUUUGAAUGAUAAAUCCGGUGACCUGCAGAUCCCACCUCACUUUGUGUCGACGUUCCCAGAUCAAGCCUUGUUGCUGCUGGUCACAGGAGCCUUGAGUGACAUGUUACAGUCUUUGAGUCUAAUCAUUCCGGUCCUAUGCCCAUUUGAGAGGUGCAUGUGGGCUCUCCACUGGUUUUGGGAGAACCUGUUGCCUACCGUCCAAAGCCGUGUAGCCAUCGUACACAAGAUCUAUCAGGAACUGGUGAACCGAGGAGGAAAACCAACUUCAAGACAGAUUGAAGCCGUCAGACAAGUUCUGUGGCCACCCGCCAGACUGUGGGACCAGUAUCUGCAGCUGAAGGACUUCUUGCCGUUCCUGCUGUGCCUGGAGGGCAAAACCCAUUCAGCGCUGAGAGCAUUCUUCACGGACAAAGGCCCCGCAGCACACCCCACGCCUCAAACUUUCCCGGUGUACCUCCAUUUAUUCCGUACAUCCACAGUGCCCCAGAUGAGUCUCACCCCAAAGGGGGAGCUCUCCGGCCAUUGGGGCACAUGGAAAUGCAUCAAAGGUGCGGUGCCACUAAAUCGCUCCCAGUUGGUGUCCUUUGCACUCAAGGUCUUCAGGUCCUACCCAGCCUGCUGCACCAAUUCCCAAUGUUGGAUUAGUCUGCUCAAUGUGGUGACUGUAACAGAUUCACUCAGCACCAUCCCAGAACCAAGUCCUGCUUUCAUGCAAGAAGCAGUCGAAGUUGCAAACUCUGUUCUGUCCUCCUAUGAAGAGGGGAUCAUCUCUGACUUUCAGAUUCCACAGCACUUUUUGAAGCUGUACCCAGAUCAAGCAUUCUUGCUGCUGGUAACCAAAGCUUUGAGACAGGUCAUCCUCCUUCCUGCUCUCAAACCAAUCAUCCCAAUUCUCAUAACCUUUGAGAAGAACCUUUGGGCUCUGCAGUGGUUCUGGGAAUACUUGUCCGGUGAUGACAACCAAGUCGCCAUCAAGAAAAAGAUAUAUUGUGAGCUGCAUGAAUCAGAUGGUGCGAUUUCUUUCGAGUCCAUCUACCAUCUUUUGAAUCAGACAUCCACCACCAGGCACCAGUAAUUCUUCUGGUGUGAUUGUUACUGAGUGGCUCUACUGCGUUUUAGUAGGACACAUUGUACUUGUAAUAUAGGCCUCAAAGAAAUGUUGACUGUAAAAAAAAGUUGCAUGCAGUCAUGUGAAUACUUAAAAUCCGCACAAAUAUGUUAUUCCAUACUGAAAAAACAGCUUAAAAGAACAUGUGUUGGCAUAUUUUGAGUGCCAUUGUGUAUUUUUACAGAUUUUUCUGUGUUGAAUGUAUUAAAUGCAAAUUUAAAUCACACUCUUAUGUGUCAAAUUAUGCUUGUUGACAAACUCGCCUCAUUGUUUCUGUACUAAGACCAAAACACUAACGGAUUUACUUUGGCCCCAUCUAGUGGCAGUUUGUCCUAAAGGAAAAUAUGUGCAAGUGAUUUGAAAGUUGUUGUUUUUUUUCCGCACAGGUUUGAGUGCAUUUCCCCAUUAAUCACACGUUCAGGGUUUAUGUGGGUCAUUAAAAAGCAUUAAAAGUCAUUCAUGGAUUUGGUUAAAAUUCAGGCCUUAAAAGCAAUUAAACUCAAUGUUUGAGGCAUUAAAAUUUUAAUUUUUAACUU